AAUAUUUUCUGUGUUAACCAAUCAGAUGCAUUUUAUGAUGUGACCUCAAUACCUUCUCACUUCCUUCACUCAUUGAAAUACCAGCAAGUCUGCUCACAGGACACAAUGUCAAGAUGAUCAUGUUAUGGAUUACACUGCUUUGUCUUCAUCCAGUAUAUACGCUGGUUACAAUGAAAACAGUUCAGCUUGGAGAAGCUGCAAACUUUACAUGUUCCAUUCAAGGAUUCAAUGGAGAAAUCCACUGGUACAAGCAGACUGUUGGAGAUACUCUUAAAUUAAUCGUGACACUUUAUAAAUCUGCGGCACCUAGGUAUGGACCUGAAUUUUUUCAAUCAAGAUUUGAUUUACGUACUGAUAAUAGUUUUAGUUACCUGACUAUACUGAGGACCGUUGAAGAAGAUGAAGGAAUGUACCACUGUGGAGUCACAGAGUGGAUAAAGAUUAACUGGAGUGGGACAUAUUUGUUAGUAGAAGGAAACACUGAGAGGACGUCAAACUAUACUGUUGUUCAGACAGUAUCAGAUCCAGUCCGUCCAGGAGACUCAGUGACUCUCCAGUGUUCAGUCCUCUCUGACUCUGAGGACAAGACGUGUCCAGGAGAUCUCAGUGUGUUCUGGUUCAGAGCUGGAUCACAGACAUCUCAUCCAAUCAUCUACACGGAUGGAGAUAUGAGUAAUAAAUGUGAGAAGAAAUCUGAGACUCAGAAGAAAUGUGUCUACAACUUCUCUAAGGACGUCAGCUCCUCUGAUGCUGGGACUUACUACUGUGCUGUGGCCACAUGUGGAGAGAUAUUAUUUGGAAAUGGAACUAAACUGGAAACUGAUCAAACAGCAAGUUCUGAAUUUAUUGCGCUUGUGAUAGCAAUCAUCUGCUUGGCCAUAUCCGUGAUCAUAAAUAUUAUUGUUAUCUGUUAUCGAACUCCAAAAGGAGUAUGUGGGCAAUAUGAAGGCACAAAAAUCAGCUCUUCACGUGUAAAGCAAGGUAGUUUGAGUCAACCAGUUCAUGACAAUGCUGACGGUGAUCUGAACUAUGCUGCACUGCAUUUCUCUGGAGGGAAACCGGCGAGAGGAAGAAAGAAGAAAGAGUUCAAGACAGAAGAAUGUGUCUAUUCUCAAGUUACAUUCCAAAUGUGAACUCCUGAAAGCAUGUGUUGAUUUGUAGUUUUUAUCUCUUUGAAAACAAAUGAAUGCAAUGAUUUUUUUCCAAUUUAACCACAAGUGUGCUGUUGUACGAUAAAAGGUGAAAUCAUCACACAAUUUUUUUUUAUGUUCUGUGUUUUAUCUUCAUUUUGCAUAUGCAGGUUCUGUGCUUGUCGUUUAUGUUGGAAAUAUUAACCUUGUGUUUUUGGUUAAAAAAAAAUAAGGCAUUAGGGCAUUCCUGAAAAGAAAAAUAAGGGUUUUACUAUCUUCUCAUAUAUUCACAUAAAUGAUAACAUUUGUAAAUAUUGUGGGUUGUAGAAGCUAUUUAAAUUCAAUUACUUCAAUGUUUAAUGUUAAACACUGACGCGCAAUUCAGCAUGAUCUAUCUCAGCAACACUGAGGUUUGACAAAAUGUGAUCUGUGGUAGCAAACUAAGAUGUAUCAAAGCUCUCUGUUACAGCUUAGAGAUCCUGCACCCCAGCUGGUUCUCUCAGGCAUUACUGGUCAUUGUAACUGUUCUGGUCACAUUUACCUCUUGUAUAAAAGUGUGUUUUAAGUACAGCCAAGAUACAAUUUGAAGAACAGGAAGUGCUACAAAAGACUGCAAGUCGCCUGUACGUACUGGCUAACAUGGAGAGGAAGUGUGGUGAAACCAGUACGAAAGAGGGCUGCAAGUAUUGCAUCAAAGGAAGAUGUCUGUGUAGAUAGUGCUUUAAAGUGAAAAUGUCUGCCUUGAGUAAAUAAUGUACUCCGUGAUAAAGGUGUGAACCACAAGACAACAACUAAAUAAAAUGAUAAAAUACAUUAAAAUUAAAUACCAAACAGAUUGUGAGUGGCUUGAAACUUUUUACUGUGAGAUGCAUAGAGACUAAUACUUUCAUCUGUCCGUCUGGCCCAGUGUACCCACAGGCAUAUAACACAGUAUUACUAGUCACACUUUUAUAAACAAGCAGCACAUGCAUAAGAUAUAAUUUCACAAACAACGGUAAAAAUACGCCUUCUCUCUGUGACUCUUGUUCUAUAAUCCAUAAUCACUUGUGGUCACUUGUCUUUGUGCACGCUUUCUAGAGGCUACCUGUAGCUUUGUGGCUUUCUAUUUCUGUUCACUAGUGGUUACUGUUCGCUCUUGUCUAGCAGUGGUUUCUUUUAGCUGAUUUAUCUGACAUCCUAAGGCAUUUGUAUGUCUGCCCGGAAACUUCA